GGCCCUGGUCGCCAUCUCCCUCUAGUUCUCUCCCUCAAAACCCCAACUCCUCGCCUUCUUGGCUUCUUCCCCUCCAGCUCUCAGGUUUUGGCCCGCCCAUUGGGAUCUCCAUCGAGAUAAAAAGCUCUCGAGCGCUAGAUUUCCAAGAAUCCCCGACGGCAUCGCCCUUCUCACGAGGCGAUCUCAGGGCCAGGGUGCGUUAAAUUUCAUAAUCAGGGUUUCUUGCCGUAGAACCCAUGGCGAGGUCGGUGCAACGGGAGUCUGGAACGAGAAGCGGGGCGGGGAAGGAGAUUAGAGAGCCAGGGGAGAGCAGCAACGGCGAGCCGGUAGAGCAAGGCGCGACAGAUCGUCGCAUCCUCCGGUCUCGUUAUCUGGCCGUCAAGAAUCUCAUCAGCGACAAAAGAGAGGAUCUUGCGAGGGUGGACAUGGAGAAGUUUACGUCCAUCAUCACCGAAGUGGAAAGCCUCCAUCUUCUCGUUCAGAAGCCUAGGGAACAAGUGGCUGAUGCAGAGGCUUUAUUAGACAUAAUCAACACCUUGGCAGCAUCUGUCAGGUCUCAAUCAAUAGGAGGAGUAACCCCUUCUGAUUUUGUAACUGCAAUGCUACGGAACUUUGGGCAACAAGGUGGAGGAGAAAAUUUUGAUAGUGCUCCCAACAUGCUUUCCUGGGUGGAUGUUGGUCUUGCUGUCUCUGACAUUUUCAUUGAACUCCCUGGAUGCUGCACUAUGGUUGGUCCCAUGAAUACUAAAAUGAAACACCGGAAGGCUGUGGUUCACAGAAAGCGGACAAGGCCAACUGAAAGUACUCUUCCCCAAGUGCUUGCUGAUAGCGAGUCUGAAGCAAAAACAGAUACUGACAGGAAUAUGUCGACUAUGUUUGAUAUCUUGAGAAAGAAGAAAAGUGUAAGGCUUGAAAAUCUGGUCCUGAACAGAACGUCUUUUGCACAGACUGUAGAGAACAUAUUUGCUCUCUCGUUUCUAGUGAAAGAUGGCAGAGCUGAAAUCAUCGUGAACGAAAGUGGGCAUCACCUAGUCUCUCCAAGAAAUGCUCCUUCAGCAACUGCAGUAACCUCUGGCAAUGUUUCCUACACCCAUUUUGUCUUCAGAUUCGAUUGUAAGGAUUGGAAGUUGAUGAUGGAUACUGUUACCAUUGGCGAGGAGUUGAUGCCCCAUAGGAGAGGCAUGAGUACACCAGGCACCUCAGCCCAUGAUGAUUCUGAGUCUGCUGCAGCUGCAACGCAGAUCAGAAAGUUAACUCGGAACCAUGGCUUGGUCUUGCAUGAGCAAUCACUCUUUGAUUACUCACCAGAAAAUACUUCUGGUGGAAGUCAAAAAGGUAAGCGUCUCUGUCUUGGUUGAGACAGAUGCCUGAUCAUGUUUUACCCAAUCAAUUUUUUGUGGCCAUCUAUACAUAAUACAUUUGCAGAAGCUGACUCCAGUUAGAGGUGAACCUUAUUAAUGUAUGUAAUCUUUCAAGGGGAUGCAGCACUCAGGAUUAUUAUCAUUUGCUUUGGUGACCUGGGAAGUUGUUAAUUUGUAUAUCUAUAUUAUCAUUCUCUUGGUGCAUUAGAUGGUGUAAUUCAUGCAGUGAGAGUCUAUGCUCCUUUUUUGGCAAUGGUUACUAAUAUUGUUCUACUGCAACCUGGAGGGACAAAGCAACUACAAGUUUCUUGUUAAAGGUUUUUCAUAGUCUAUUUAGAUUUUAGUUUGGAGUCACUUGUUGGUGCUUCAUCUGGGAAGGCUAUCAAGUUUCAUGCUUUCAUUUAUAUGAUUUGGUUUAACAGUGACUUGUUAGUGCCUUACCUGGGAAGGCCAUUAAGUCUCAUACUUUCGUUUAUAUGAUUUGGUUUAACUAGAUCGGAUCGAUGUUGGUUCAAAUUAAGCCAUCCUAUUUCAAAAUAGAGUGUGAAUAGCUUCCUAUUUUUUUUUCAUGCUAAAUUGAGGGGUAAGCAACGGUCUUAUUUCAUAUCUUUGGUGGGUUUUGAGUAAUGAGACGACUUAAACUGACUGCGUUGACUAUAUGUUCAAACUGUGUCCAACUGUCUGUUGGAAUGUAUUGUGACUACUUUGCAUUUAAAUCUGACUGCACUCAAACCAUGCUUUUAUUACUUGUUUUUGGAACUACCAUAAGUGAAAAUCUACUAAUCUAGCCAGGAUUGAGGGAGUGCAAUAUUCAAAUAUUGGUAUUGGUGUCAACCGAAGCCUUCCAAGCUGUGCUUUUAUUGUGACUUCCAGCAGUUUAACAUAGAAUGCGAUCCUCGUAUGUGGGUUACGUUUAACUGUUGCUUGAACUAUGGUGGAGAAGACAGAUGCAUGCCAUAUUGUGGCUUGGGGAGUGGAAUUUGAAAGCCGAAAGAAAUUGAGGCAAUCCUGAAA